UCCCAAGCCUGGCAUCUUCAAGUUUUUCACAGAUCUUUAGGCUUUGGGGCUUCCUUUUUCCAUUAAAGUUUUCAUCUUUACUCUCACUACAAACAUACCCACAAAGCUUAAAGUAGCUAACAAGAUCUAAAGAUUUCAUUUGAGCUGUCUACUGGUAACACACUUUAUCCUUUUCCCUUCUGAUUUUGUUCUUUAGAUUGUUACUAUCCAAUUGAAUUUGCUUGUGCUUUUUGGGGUUUUUUAUGUUGAUUGAAAGGUUAGCUGAAUGAGUGAAUAGGAAGUACUCAAAUUGCAUUUUUAUUUGUUGUGUGGUUUUGGGGGAAGUAGCUGAUUUGGGAGUUCUGAAACAGAUUGUGUUAUAUUUCUUGACUUUAAAGUAAGUUUUUUUGGUGUUACUUCACUUUUGAAUUGAUUAAAUCUAUCCACCAACACCCUUUUGGAUUUAAAUUAAAGCAAUGGUUCUUGGUCUGAGGUCAAAGCACAGAAAGGGUACUUCUGUUCAGGUGGAGUAUGUUAUUCAGGUAGAUGAGAUUAAGCCUUGGCCUCCAUCACAGUCCCUUAAGUCUGUUCAAUCUGUAUUGCUUCAAUGGGAAAAUGAUGGUCAGAACUCUGGUUCUGUUGCGUCUACUGUUGGCGAUGGUACCAUUGAAUUCAAGGACUCUUUUACCCUUUCGUUAACAUUGUGUCGCGAAAAGAAGGCACAUGACAAGUUUCAGAAGAAUUUCUUAGACUUCUAUUUGUAUGAGCUACGUAAGGAUAAGACGACGAGGGGACAACUUUUGGGGACAUCAGUAAUAAAUCUUGCAGAUUUUGGACUGAUUGAGGAGGUUGUGUCUAUUUACACUCCAGUCAGCUGCAAGAAGAGUUCUAAGAACUCUGAGCAACCAGCUCUGUUUGUUAGCAUACAUCCUACUGAGAGGGGUAGCUCAAGUUCAUCCCAAGUUGGUGUAACCAGAGAAGGGGAUGGACAAGAAUCCGUUGCCGAUUCAGUGAAUGGAAGAAAUGAGGAUGAUGAUGAUGAUAUUGCAUCUUUCACUGAUGAUGAUGAAUCGUCACUUUCAUCGCAAAAUGUUGCUGAGGCUGCAAGGUUUUCACCAUCUCAAAAAGGAAAGGUUGCACAUGAAUUCAUACCUGAUAACGUGCUGAGGGACAAUCCAGAACGUGAUAUACUUUUGGGAAUGGACUCUGCAGCAAUGCUCGUGGAUUUUACUAGUAGAAGUUCUAGAAAUGUGGCUCCAGGGUUGUCAAGUAGCAUAUCUUUAAACAGAGAAAAUUAUGUGAGCAACACCACUUCUUUGUCUAAAUAUUCUGAAAGAAGUAUGACAUCAAUACAGAAGAAGUCUGCUUCCCAAGUAACAGGAUCCUCUUCCUCAUUACAAAGUUAUGGAAAUAAAAAUGGGAAGGCAAGUACCUCUGUGACAGCCCUCGAGCAGCAAAUUCUGAUGUAUGAUGUUCAAGAAGAUAAUGCUGACAAGAAAGGUCUCCCCAAAGACGGUAUCAAACUCUCUGCAGAAAGUGGACGUGUUCAUAGAUUUGCAUCCAACAUAAGCUAUCUCGAUGAAUCUAAUGAGGAUAACUCUGACCCUGCCGAUUCCUAUAGUGAUCGCUGUCAAGACUCCCGAGAUAAACCAAAGGGCCACACUGGAAGUACAGUACUCAAAGAUUUACAUGUUGGUGUAGUGAACGGAAAAGGGAUGGAGCUUCUAGAGAUUGACCAGGAUGAAGUGAGCUUGAAAGAGAUUCCUCAUUUUUCAGAAGUCAAAUCAGGCAGGAAACACAGCUUUUUGAAGGGUGAUACUUUUAAUUCGAAUAAGGUACUUGGAUUGCAGGGAUCUAGCAUCACCAAUGGUAAAUCAAAGCAUGCAAAGUCUCACCAAUUGAAUGACUUAGCUAACAGAAGUGGACUUCCUGGUAACAGCCAGAAUCCAGAGAAGUCUGCAAAACAGCAUGUUUCGGAAGAUGCUCGGUCUAAUGGUAAAGGUAAUAAACCAAUGAAUGGAUCUCCUGACAGAAAAAAUGAAGGGAAGUCUAGAAUAGAGACACUUGAGGAAGAACUAAGGGAAGCGGCAGUUGUCGAGGUUAGCCUUUAUUCUGUAGUGGCUGAGCAUGGCAGUUCUGCACACAAAGUCCAUGCUCCUGCUCGACGCCUUUCUCGAUUUUACGUUCAUGCUUGCAGAGCAAAAUCUCGAGCUAAACAGGCAGGUGCUGCAAGAGCUUCUGUCUCAGGUUUAGUUUUGGUUUCAAAAGCUUGUGGAAAUGAUGUUCCAAGGUUGACUUUUUGGUUGUCGAAUUCAGUCAUGUUGAGAGCAAUUGUUAGCCAGGCUGCUGGAGGAAGGAGAGAAGAUGAUAGACCAUAUGCGGAGAGUAAUAUGGGCAAAACUAGUUUAAAUGGAAGAUCCUUGAAAAAAAGGAAUGAGGUUUCUUUCAAUAAAGCUGUCAACGAUAGUCUAACAGAAGAACUUGGUGACUGGGAGGAUAUUGAAACCUUUAUGCUUGCACUGGAACAAGUUGAAGCUUGGAUUUUCUCCCGCAUUGUGGAAUCUGUGUGGUGGCAGACUUUGACUCCACACAUGCAAAAUACAGCUGCAAACUCUGGUGGCAGAUCAAUGAGCUCAAGUGUUAAGAAAACUUAUGGACGCAGGUGUAGUUUAGGGGAUCAAGAGCAAGGUAAUUUCUCCAUUGAUCUCUGGAAGAAGGCUUUCAAGGAUGCCUGUGAAAGGCUUUGCCCAGUUAGGGCAGGAGGACAUGAGUGUGGCUGCUUGCCAUUGCCAGCUAGAUUGGUAAUGGAACAGUUGGUGAGUAGAUUGGAUGUGGCUAUGUUCAAUGCAAUCCUUCGUGAAUCAGCUGAAGAAAUGCCAACAGAUCCAGUAUCAGAUCCCAUUUGUGAUGCUAAGGUCCUCCCAAUCCCUGCAGGGAAAUCAAGCUUUGGCGCCGGUGCACAACUAAAAAAUGCUAUUGGGGACUGGUCUAGAUGGCUAUCUACUCUCUUUGGAAUUGAGGAAAAUGAUUCCUCAGGUGAUAAUGAAGACAAGGCACCAGGUCCCGCCAAGCCUUUCCGUCUGCUCAAUGCUCUAAGUGAUCUAAUGAUGCUUCCCUUUGAAAUGCUCGCCGAUCCUCAAACUAGGAAAGAGGUUUGUCCUAUACUUGGUCCAACUUUGAUCAGCAGGGUGCUCAAUGGUUUUGUUCCAGAUGAAUUCUGUCCAAUCCCAGUUCCCCCAGAGGUCCUCAGGGCACUGGAUUCUGAGGAUGCUGAGGAUACUCCUGAAGAAUCUAUCUCCACUGUCCCGUUCACUGCAUCGCCUACUACAUAUUUACCUCCUUCAGUAAGGUCCAUUAAAACCUUUCUGGGAGAGACUGGAAACCAAUCUUUACAAAGAAGCAGUUCAUCAGUACUGAAGAAAUCAUACACCAGUGACGAUGAGCUUGAUGAAUUGGACUCGCCCUUGAGUUCAAUUGUAGCUGAUAGGCUCCGUGGUUCUCCUAAUCUAGCAAAGAUCAACUUGAUCGCCAAGGGGAAGGGUGAUCGGAAAGUCAUUAGAUAUCAGCUGCUCCGACAAGUCUGGAGAGCUGAAGAACAGUAAAGAACGAACCACGGUGCUGUAAAUAUGUAAAGCCAGAUCUAAAGUUUUUUGUUUAUUUUCUUUCUUCAGUUGCUAAAUGCCCAUAUACAUAUAUAGAUGAACUCCAAGACUAUUUCGACAUGAAAUUCGAUGGUCGGGGUCUCAUAUUUCCAAUAAAAUAUACUUGUUGAA